AUGGUUGGCCGACAGAACACGCGCUCCUCUCACGAUGGAGCCAGGUCCACGCGCACCUCGAAGCGCUAUUCCAUGACGGCUUUGUACCUGUCUAUGAAUGCGAAUCCACGCGAACUCGAGAUUGAAGAUGAUCUUGCUCGCGCCCAAAAGAUACUCCGUGAUCUCAAAUCAAAGAUCUCGUCGCAAUCAAAGAAGAACUUUGUGCUGGAGAAAGAUGUCCGAUACCUCGACUCGAGAAUUGCUUUGCUCGUGCAGAACCGCAUGGCCUUGGAGGAGCGCAACGAAGUAGCCGAUCACCUGGAAGAGUCUGACGAACUCACCGAGGGUGCAUUCCCCAACGACGACAAGACGCAGAAAUACGGCAACCUGUUGUUCCUACUCCAAUCCGAGCCGAAACACAUUGCCCACUUGUGUCGUCUUGUCACCUUGGCCGAGAUUGAUCAGUUGCUGCAGACUGUCAUGUUCACCAUCUACGGAAAUCAGUACGAGAGUCGUGAAGAGCACUUGUUGCUCACCAUGUUCCAGUCUGUUCUCACCUACCAAUUCGACAAUACGCCCGAGUAUUCUUCCCUCCUCCGUGCCAAUACCCCCGUCUCCCGCAUGAUGACCACCUACACACGCAGAGGUCCCGGUCAAGGUUAUCUGAAGACGGUCUUAUCCGAACAAAUCAACUAUGUUACGAGCAAGCUGCGCGAUGUCGAUCUCGAGAUCAACCCGCUCAAAGUAUAUGACACCAUGAUGGCCGAGCGUGCUUCAAUCCGCGGCUCCACCUCGAGUCUCCCACCUGGUGGUAUCACGGCCGAAGAGGCUUCUGCAAACCCCCAAGUUCAAGCAAUCAUCAGCCGCAGGGUCGGCCAACUGAUUCAGCUCGCCAACUACUUUCUCGACACAAUCAUCGACGGACUGGACGAGACGCCAUACGGUAUCAGAUGGAUAUGCAAACAGAUUAGGAGUCUCUCAAGGAGAAAGUAUCCAGACGCCCACGACCAGACCAUCUGUACCUUGAUUGGCGGUUUCUUCUUCCUGCGCUUCAUCAACCCGGCAAUAGUCACUCCCAGGUCGUAUAUGCUUAUUGAGCAGAACCCCGCCGAGAACCCAAAGCGUACCCUGACUUUGGUCGCAAAGAUGCUUCAGAACUUGGCCAACAAGCCCUCCUACGCCAAAGAACCCUACAUGUCCGUACUUCAGCCCUUCAUCCAACAAAACAAAGAACGCAUGAAUAAGUUCCUGCUCGAUUUGUGUGAGGUCCAAGAUUUCUACGAGACGCUCGAAAUGGACAACUACGUCGCUCUGUCCAAGAAGGAUCUCGAAUUGCCCAUCUCGCUGAACGAAGUCUACGCUAUGCACGCACUCCUCGAGAAACACACGCAGGAACUGGUGUCGAAAGAUGAGGGGUCGCACUUGAAGAUACUCUUGCAAGAUCUGGGCGCCGCACCAGCACAGCUGCCCAGAAAGGAAAAUCGUGCUAUCAAUCUCCCGCUGUACAGCAAAUGGGAAACGGCAUUUGACGAUCUGACGGCUGCACUUGACAUCACACAAGAGGAAGUCUACUUCAUGGAGGCCAAAUCGACCUUCGUCAUGAUUCUUCGCUCCUUGCCGGCAAACGCAGUGGUCGCACGACGACCCCUUCGUCUCGACAGAGUUGCUGAGGCGGCAGCCACCACAAAGAACGACUCGAUUAUGGUUCGCAAGGGUAUCCGUAGCAUGGAGUUGCUGAGCCAGUUGAACGACAUGGGCAUGAUCGACAAAGCCGACAACUAUGCCUCUCUGCGCGAUGAGGUAGAGCAGGAGUUGAACCACCUUGGCUCGUUGAAAGAAAAGGUCAUCACCGAGAGCCAAAAGCUCGAGGAAGUGUACCAAACGAUCCGGGAUCACAACGCAUACCUGGUUGGCCAGCUCGAGACAUACAAGUCAUAUCUCCACAAUGUCAGAGGACAGUCCGAAGGCACUACUAAGCGAGUGCAGAACCAAAAGGUUCUCGGACCGUACAAGUUCACCCACGCUCAGCUGGAGAAGGAAGGUGUGAUUCAAAGGAGUAACGUGCCACAGAAUCGACAAGCGAACAUCUAUUUCAAUAUGACCAGUCCAAGUCCAGGAACGUUCAUCAUCUCCUUGCACUACAAGGGGCGAAAUCGCGGUCUGCUGGAACUCGACCUCAAGCUUGACGACCUGCUCGAGAUGCAAAAAGACAGCCAAGAGGAUCUUGAUCUCGAAUAUGUGCAAUUCAACGUCUCCAAGUUGCUUGUCCAUCUCAACAAGAAGUUCGCACGGAAACGAGGCUGGUAG